AUGCUCCGCCCCUCCCUUCUGACCCGCUGGCUCCCAAAUCCGCCCAGCGCAGCACACCACCUCAUCCCAAGAACCAUACUCCGCCCACAGCCCUCCCUCCUCUCCACAUCUUCUCGAACGACCCUCCGACCCCCGCUCUCCAUCCCUCGCCGCUCGCCGCUCACCCGCCCCUUCAGCGCAUCGACCUUCCGCGCCUCCGCCCAGCCCAACGGGCAAUCGCUCUCGCAGCGCCUGAAAUCGCUCUCCCGCGAAUACGGCUGGUCCGCGCUCGGCGUGUACCUGCUGCUAUCGGCAAUGGACUUCCCCUUCUGUUUUGCGGCGGUGCAUUUCCUCGGCGCGGACCGCAUCGGGCAUUACGAGGCGGUGGUGGUGGACUCGUUCAAGGCGGCGGCGGGGACUGUGUUUCCCAGUCUGCAGGAGCAGCAGCAGGCUGAUAUCGAUGCGGCGGCUGCGGAGGGUGAGGCUGUGAAGGAGGAGGCCGAGGCUGCGGAGGAGAAGAAGAAGGCGGGCGAGGAAGCUAGCCUCUGGACGCAGAUCGUCUUUGCGUACGCCAUCCACAAGAGUCUGAUCGUCUUCCGGGUGCCUCUUACAGCGGCUAUCACGCCCAAGGUCGUCAAGGCGCUCCGGCACUGGGGCUGGGAUCUUGUCAAGGGCAAGCCGAGGGGGAUGUAA